AUGAACGACAACGAACCUAGUACCCCUCAUCCUACCACUUCCCGUGAAACACCCCAUGAUGAACAUCAGCGUCGGCGUCCUGGCGAUCCAAACUGGACCUUCUACCAAGGUCCCCGCCAGCGAGGUGAAGAUGAUGCCUUCCGUUUUGAUCCUCCCAGACCUCGAUCGUGUCGCCACGACUCUUCCAGACAUCGUUCCAAUCGCCAUAACCCUUCCUCGAAUCCAAGUGACGACAUCUUCCGCCAUUUCAAUACAUUUCCAAGAACGGAUCGGAUGCGCAGACGAAGGAUGACACGUCGACGUCAACCAAGCAUGCCACGAAUCUACAGACCUACCGUUGGCGUCGGACUCCCGAUGGCCCACGUUGCCGUUCUAUCUUCUCCCGCAGCCAAAGCCUUCUUUAAGAAUGCCAAUAUUCCACAACGAUUCAGCAAGGUCAUCAACUGCUUUCGUGCUGCGAUGAACCCAGAUGAAUUGAGAUCAGAUAUGUCAGGUGAUGAAAAGACGACAAGGUACCCGAUAAUCUAG